CCAUGGCGGCUUACGGAAGGGCUGGGACUCCGGCCGGAAGCUUGUGGGCGGUGGCAGCGGAAGGAGGUGCCCGCGCAGCCGGUGGAGUGGGACCCCCGGGAGCAGAGCAGGGACAGGGACCCCCAGGAGAGGAGCGGGACGUCGGCAGGGCCCCCUCGGCGCCAUGGCAGGGCAGAUGCAGGGAGCUGUGACCUUCGAGGAUGUCGCCGUGUACCUGAGCCGCGCCGAGUGGGACACCCUGGCGGAGCAGCAGCAGGAGCUCUACCACCGCGUCAUGCUGGACAACUACGAGCUCCUGACGUCCCUGGGUUACCCUGGCCCCAAACCUGACAUCGUGUACCGGAUGGAGCGCGGGGAAGCGCCAUGGGUCUGCAUGCCGCAGAGCCCAGCGAGGCAGGACAGACCCGGCAGCCCCUCUCCAGGAUGCAACGGGGACAGGAGCUGGCUGGAGGAGCCUCCCUCACUCUGGUGGCCCAGUGCUGGCAGGUGUUGUGUGCCGGAGGAGGGGAUGCAGAGACCGUGCCCAGCAGGAGGACGGUACAGGCAGUGGCGUCUCUACUCUAGAAGACUGCUGAACAAGCUCACAUCCGUCACAGGUAGGAGCGAGUUGCUGGUGGCAGCAGCCGCUGGAGGAGUGCAGCCGGCAGAAAGCCGAGAGCAGGCACGGGUGGACUUUGGGCCUGGGAAGGAGGGAGCAGAGGGGGAUAAUCAAGGAGUCAUGGAAAAUGUAACCCAAAGCAGAGGAUUCUCACCUCAUCCAGCGCUGGAAGAGCAGAACAAAAACGCAGAUCCUCAGGAGCAUCUGUAUGGGGAGGGGUUUCAAAGGAGCGGCCAAAACGGUCAAUGCACCUUGGUAGAAGCAACAUUCCUCCCAGAAAAUAGGGUUGUGGAUCUGAAGGAGACUAUUUUGAAAGACCACUGUUACUCCACAAUGAGCAUGACACAGCUCUUGCCUUGUGCCCCACAACCGUGUCCUCUGAGAGAACACGACUACUGCAGAAACAGCGAGGUUUCUGACUCAGUGUUUCAGGACCACGAAUACUGCCACGUGCAAAUGAUUCCUUACCAGGAGAGAGUUAAUAAAGUUACUCGUCUUUGUAAGCCUCGGGCCAUGCUUCACAGGCUGGAGAAGCGAGGACCCCAGGUAGGGCGAAUCGUCAGGAAAUCCAAGCAAACCAUGUGGUUUUGCAAGCCUUGCGCCAAAAAGCAGUUGGCGUGUCUCCGACAUUCCUCCGACGCGUGCUGUCUUUCCAAACCUGCCAUUUCAGCAACUGUUCCUCCUGCUAAGGCAGAAGACAACCCCGCAAAGGGAACGUCUAGGGCAUUUUGUCCUGCAAAGCAGGAGGCUGCACGCUGCCGGCCAUGGCGUCGGGGCAGGUCCCAAGGGAAGAUGUCAGAAGCGCCUCGUAGAGUGGUGGCUGCACCCCCACCCUCCAGUGCGGCUGUGGAGAUGAGGAAGGAAGUGACAUGCACCAAGGUGUCCAUUCGCCGCAAGCCACAGAGGGCACAGCCCAUCCAGACCCCUGAUGUUAAGCGAAAUCUCGAAGGACAACAACUUGUUAAUUCGAAUUAUGAAUCGCUGCGUGAUGCCUAUAAAGUGGUGAUACGGACCGUCGACCACAUGUUGGACUCCAUAUGCCAGAACUUGGAGCUCAACAGCUUCUCUCAGCGUGGGGGAUUCUGGCCCACCAUCGUUCAGAUAGACAGCUGACCGGCCGCGGCGGGUCGGCGGCGACUGUCCCGUCUCUGGAGGCGAACAGUUGGGACCUUCUUCCCCACGGCAAAACAGAACUGAGGCAGUGUGAGGGAAGAAACACCGUGAAAGACGUAGAGAGGUGGAUUAGUGGGUGUAAAACCCAGUACACAGUGCCUGCGGAGGAAACGGAUUGUCUGGGAGGUGGAAAAGGCCAAGGGAAAGGGAAGGAUCAGCGCAGAUAAAGGAGGAAGGACAGGAAAACGGAGCGAAGGGGGAAGAACGGGCAGCUGGUCGGUACAUUUUCUGGCCAGGCAGGGCCCGGUCACUGCGAUGCAUCCUGUCAUCUUAUUAAAAUGAUUUUAAAUUACCA